AUGGACAAAUUGUCGAAAAAACAUUCUUUCCCUUUCAAACAGUCCAUCUUCCAGCAGCAGCCAGAAAAAAAGCAAAUGGACCAAGAGAUGAAACCAUUACCGAUCAAAAUUCCGGAUAAUUUCGGAGCAAAACCUUUCUCGUUCAACUUGACCCAACAACAAGAAACCACAGAUAUCCCGAGCUCAAGCAUUUUGGAUUUGAAUCUUUUGGCGCAUUUGGGGAUACCGAUUAAUGAAGAGAUGACACAAGAAAUACAAGUAUCGCCGAUAAAACAAAGGAGAAAAUCAAGGGAUAAAGGGGAAUCCACAAAUGAGAAAUCGCUCGAGUCGCCAAGUAGCGAAGAAGCGGGUGUAGUGAGUGGAAAAUUGAGAGAACGAAAUGGGGGACGGAUUCGCCCGAGUGGACGGCCACCAAAAUAUUUAGCCGAUGCUAAUGUUGUUGUCGAUAUUCUUGAUGAUUCACCGCAUGGCUACGUGGAAACGACGCCUCACAUCCGAAAAUUGAGACAAAACCUUGCCACUCAGCAAUGUCGAUUGAAUCGAGAAAGAAAUGUUCGAGCUAUUAUUUUCAAAUUCUCGGAUAUUGUGGAAAGGUGGAAAAAAGAAAGCGAACAGAAAAAUUGCACAAAUUGCAAUGAUCUUUUUGACGGUGUCGAUGAUACAUUUUUAACAAUGUUAAGAGAUGAGGCUGAUCGUGAGAGAAAAAGAUUGGAAAGAAAAACGAGAAUCACUGAAAUUGCAUCAUCGACAGCCACUGUUAGACAUUUACUUACA